AUGUUGUUGUCGCUACCGGCAUUUAUGGCGGUGUUUGCCUCGGUGGUUGCCUCGGUGUCAGCAUCUUCCAUCACUCUCAAACUCCACUCACGUGCGCCUGACACCGCCGGCGUCGACGUGCCCGUUACGGACUGGUUCAGCCGAACAGACAACCAGUGGUACACGACCUUCUCCAUCGGCACCCCUCCCCAGGAACUAACUGCGCUGUUGGACACCGGAACGAAUCUGCUUUUCCUUCCGCGGAGUAAUUGCACCACCUGCCCCAACCUCACGCUCUUCGACCCCGACAAGUCCAACACAUUCUCUGGCCUCCCUGGAGUGGAAGCAACCUUCCCCUUUGUCAUAGGUGCGGACUCCAUCCCGUUGCUUCGGCCGGAGGAGGUGACCUGCAAGUCUGUGCACGAUACCGUCUCGCUCGGCUAUGGCAAAUUGAAGGUUGAUGGCCAGCACUUUGCCUUGUGCGAUAAGUACCUGGGGUUUCCGGACCAACCAGCCAGAUCUCCAAUCUCGGGCAUCAUGGGAAUGGGAAUCCGGAACCCAUUUACCAAUGAGACCCCGUGGUUUUGGAACCUCUUCGAGGAUGACCAGCUCGAGUCUCCGCUAUUCUCCUUGUACACUCCGCCUCACGAUCUCGCCGGUGGCCAGGUCACACUCGGCGGAGUGGACGAGUCCAAAGUGGAGGGCAACAUCUCCUGGACCAGCCUCAAUGCUGUUGCCAGCAGGGACCUCUUUUCAUACGUCAUCGACCUAUCCAACAUCUAUGCCAACGGCAGGAUUCUGAGUGGCAACCUCUCCGACCUUUCUCCAGCCUCCGCCCCGUUCAGCUACGCAAUUUUGGACACAGCUGUACCGUUCAUUCAGACACCUCGCCAUAUCGUCUCGAAGAGCAUCUACGCCCACAUCUCUCCCAACAUCACCCAGAUAGAUCACACUGGGGCCUGGGGCGCUCCCUGCGAUCAGAUUGCAAGCAUGGCGCCUGAGCUGACGUUUACUCUUGGGACUGGUGCCCAGGCUCUGAACCUCACCAUCCCAAAGGAAUAUUUCAACCUCGGCGAGUUCCUAGGUCUGCCGGGAACAUGUCAGACGCUGUUCAAUAGCCCAACAAGGCACAGCCAGUUGCGUUACAAUGCGACUGGGCUUUGGGUUGUUGGCUCGCCACUGCUUGACAAGUAUUACACCGUUUGGGAUGGCUUGGAUCUGCGCAUGGGCUGGGGAAAGCUUCCGGGAAUGCCAGGCUUUGGAGGACACAGUGGUUGA